UAAAAAAUAAAGAGAGAGAGAGAGAGAGGAAACAAAUGGACGCAACAUGUGGAGUAAGAAAGAAAAAGGGAAGAGAGUUACCAUUCAAAAUUGCUUCCCCCAAUUCUUCAGCUACUCCUUAUUUCUUUUGGGCUAUAAAUAAAUCAGACGCACGCUACCGACCUCUACGCAUCACAUUCCCUCCAUAUUUCUGCCUUCGCUAUUUUUCAAGCUUCUUCUUCUACCUUCAACAAUUUCGUAAGACCAAGCCAAGUUACCAGACAUCCAUGGGGACUGUUGUCGAUUCUUCUAACCAGGGAGCAGGAAGCCUGCCAACCAACAAGAAGGUCUCUGUUAUUUUUGUUCUAGGUGGCCCAGGCAGUGGUAAGGGCACCCAGUGUGCUAAUAUUGUUGAAAACUUUGGGUACACCCAUCUAAGUGCUGGUGAUCUUCUCCGAGCAGAAAUAAAAUCUGGUUCAGAGAACGGGACGAUGAUUUCAAACAUGAUUAAAGAAGGGAAAAUUGUACCAUCAGAGGUAACAAUUAAGCUUCUCCAACGAGCAAUUCAGGAAAAUGGGAACGACAAAUUUCUUAUUGAUGGUUUCCCUCGCAAUGAGGAGAACCGUGCAGCUUUUGAGUCAGUUACUGGAAUUGAGCCUGAGUUUGUGCUCUUCUUUGAUUGUCCUGAAGAAGAGAUGGAGAGACGUCUUUUGGGUCGGAACCAGGGAAGAGAAGAUGAUAAUAUUGAUACAAUAAGGAAGCGAUUCAAGGUUUUCCUGGAAUCUAGUUUACCUGUUAUUGAAUAUUACAACUCCAAGGGGAAGGUUCGAAAGAUUGAUGCUGCGAAGCCUGUUGGAGAAGUAUUUGAAGCAGUUAAAGCUGUUUUUGCCCCAACUGUUGAGAAGGUUGCUGCCUAGGAGUGUAUUGGUAGAGCGGCAUCAUGCUUAAGUAUUAAUGGUAUACCAGUAUUGUUUGCAUUUUGGUGCUUGCUAUGCGUCUUCAGCAAGGCGAUGUAUCUUUAUAGAUUCUACUUUUAUAGAAGUUUAUGGCAAAAAUUUCUUUUUCUUUCUUCCGAUUUUUGUUCUUAUGAAGGAACAAAUGCUGUAUUAUUGGCAUAUUGCCUUUGUAUUAUCAUUGUCGAGACUGAAUUUUUAUAAUGAGAUUAUAAGAGUUUCUCUCUC